AUGUCUGGCGUCUCUAUACACUCCUACCAACAUCCAAGUGAAAAGUCGAGAGAAAUGGUGUCAGACAUAAUUACAGGGACUAGCAAGACUGAUGAAGAAGAUGUAAAGCCAAGCUUAAAACUGAAAAGGAUGCUUUGCAAACAACAGGAGACUGACGACAGCAAAGAUGAUAAUGUGGAUAAAGCUAAGUCAUCAAAGCGAAUGUGUGUUUUUACUUUUCAAACUGCAAAGAUGUGAUUGGGUAAUAUUUAUUGUUAGAAGUCGUGUGAUUAAGUCGAUUUAUAGUUGUGUUGUCAGAAACAUUUAAGAAAAUUGGAUAGUUUCUUGUUCAUAAUAAUUUGAGGGGUGAUAUGUAUUAAUCAACCCCAUUUAGACACAGUGGUCGGUUGCUAUGCAUUUUGCUCCCGGAGAGCUCCCGCUGUGAAAUUGCUAGCAUUUGUUGCUUCCUGUCUCCAAACUGUUUUCGCCUUUUGGCCGAUGGAUAUUACGCCAUGACAAAUUGUACCAUAUAGGGGUCCCACAGUACCACACGUGUAUGACCUACAAUCCUCCCUUGAGAUGCCUCUGGGGUUAUUAGCAUUAUCGGAGAUAUAAGCAACAACGUGUUGAAUUUUCGCAUUUGUCGCUGUAUUUUUAAAAUAUUUUUGUUAAAACAUAAUUUCGGACAAACUUCUCAAGUCAAAGUUGAAGAAUAUCAUCUACUCAACAAAUCUGAAUGGAUAGCUGUACCGGAGAGAGGUGAGGAGAAAAUAUCCUUUGGCAUUAAUUUGCAUUUUAUAUUAGCAUUCGUGACCAGCCAUAUUGUUGUUCACCUCAUGCUGUGCUGUCUUUUAGCUCGAUAGAAUAUUGCUCUAAAAGCCUGGUUUGUGACCGAAAUAAAGGGCAUCCUGGACACUGCAACAAGAAUAGAGGAUUAUCACUACAAUUUUGGAAAGAUUCUCCAUUCUUUCAACUCAAAGAAGGCCAAGGCAAAUUGUCACGAAAGUCACACAAAGUGGAUAAUAUACAAACAGAAGUCAAGGUAUCUGAGGAAAAUAUUGCUAAGAAACAUGAACAGUUGGAUUUAUAUGAGAAAACCGUGCAAGUAAAGGUCGAUGCUGCCAGUAAGCAUUAUAAAAUUUUGUUAUCUGUUUUUUUUUUCAUGCCAACAAAUACCAAUACAUGUUGAACUUGUAAUUGCGUGCUUGGUGUUUGUUAUUGAUCCUUGCGAGUAUCUUUGUACUGUUCUAGAUUGAAAUAAACACAAUGAACAUUUUACUAAAACAAAACUAUUUAUAUUUAAAAAAUUCAUUAAUAAUUCACGAGAAAAAUUCAAAAGAAAUGAAUGUAUAAUCAAUGUUUGUAAAUCGGAUAAAGAUUUGUCCUGAUUUACAUAAACUUUAGCUUUGAUUUUCUUGGCUUUAUAGACAAUGUUUAUUUUUAAAAUUACUUCGCCAAUGAACUCAUAAGAUGGGUCAUUUUUUAAGUACUAGAUAAAACAUUCGCAUGAUACAGAUCGGCUGCUCAUGUUUUAUCUAGUACAUAAAUACUAAAUAGGUUUUCAACCCAGAAAAUUUGUAACUAUUUUUGUUCAUAUGACAUGUUCUAUCAAGACUGAAUUGGCAUUUAAAUUUUAUAUUAUAUUGAUGAGUUGCCUUGUUUAUGUUAAAGUAAAUGUUUUCCUGGCAGGAAGAUUCACAUGAGUGAUUGAAAACUAUGCCUGCAAUAGAAACCCUCUCUUGGGAUUAAUUUGCCUGUCAGCAAAUCUAAAUCAGUAGAUUCAUUCCCACCUGGAAAUAAUUUCAUCAUUAAAUCCGGUUGAAUAGACUAUUUGCACGCAAGUGGAAUAUUGGUAAAUUCAAAUUAUGAAUGUGAAAAGCUUAAUGAGUAUUACAUGUAAAUAGGAAGUAGGCUCCCCUAAUUAGUUUCAUGCAUAUUUCCAUCUAGACCAUGAGUCGAAUGCAUCCUUUGAAAAAUGGGGAGAUGUCGAUAGGGAGGUUGUUGAAAUUGAACAGCAUCUUCAGAAUAUAUUGCAGGAGUAUAACAAACUAAGAACCUUGGUUGACCAAAAACAGUAUGCUCGCACUCUAAGGCGAAACACAAAAACCACUUUGUAUAUUUUACUGGGGUGGUGUCAGAAAUUUUAGGGGGGGUGAGCUGUGAGCAGGUGACUGAAGCAACACAAAGUGUCACCAAACCCCAGUAAGGUCUAUAUUCUAGGUGUGGAGCACUAGAGCCGCGAGGGGGAGUCUAGAGAGCAGAAAACAAAGUAUCCCUGGGAAAAUUUGAAAAAAAUCAUGAUUCUAACUUCGAAAAAAAGUUUUUUGAAGUUGUCAUAUCAAUGGAUUUGCAUGUCUGAUUGUCUGUUGAGACUUGAGCGAGUCAAUUAAAGUUAAAUAAACCUGUAAAAGUGUAAACCCAAUAGGCCAAUACACGUUAUGCUUUUAAUUUUAUAUAGUCAUUGAUAUUGUGUCGUUUGAAUCCGAGUACAAUUUAUGAUGCAACUCCAAUGUAAAUAAUAUUUGGGCCAUAAAGAUUAAAAAUAGGCAAGUCUAUUUCCUAAAAGAAUUAAAAACUAAAAAUAAUGUUCGUAAAAAUUCCAAACGUUCCUUGUGAGCAAGCUAUUUGCAUGACAAGGCACUGCAAACUCUGGUACUUGCAGCAUUCGUUUCAGGUGAAAAGCAGAGACCAAGAAUGUCUUGGAUUAUAUCCAUGGUGGAGAGGAUGCAGCAGUGCUUGGGAUUAUGCAACAUCAAGUGCAAGCAAAGAACUUUUGGACACCUUGCUUGGUAAGUGCCGAAGGGGAAAAUAUUUGCAAGGUGUUAUUAACCAAGCUCUGUAAGACCACAACAACUCCAAGGCCUCCCUAACCCAAGCACUUGCCUUGAAGUACCAGAAUUUUUUGUCGCAUCGCAAAUUUAAUUUAAAAUGUAAAACACAGUCCUCUGUGUUUGAUCCUGAUGCCGAAGUGUGGUUACCACAGAAUAUGAAAUGCUUGGGUGUAGAUGUAGAGUUGUCGCUUAGUCUAGUGUCAGAAGAAAAAAUCGAUAAAUUUGUAAAAUCGUUAGAUAUAGGUAGUGUAAGUCAGAUUCCAAAUGUACCUGGGGUCACUAGGACCAUCACUGGCCUUGUUUUCAUGAUUAUCGAUUUGCAUUUACGAUUGCCACAUUUGUUUUGCCAACUUAUUUGGUUCAAUCAAAAUACAAACCACUUCAUUUUUCAGUUUUCUGAUGACGGUGCUCCUGAAACAAGCCAGCUUACAAUGUCAAUGGUAGUGUAACAUUGUGGAAUUUUGGAGUAAGGGUCAGAAGUAGAGAGUUUCAAUAUUUGCUUCAUUGUGUUAGUCUUGAUGAAAAGCAUGAAAUGUUUGAGCUUCUAUGGAAGCAACAUGCUGAUGAGAUGCAGCUUCUUGAGUCGAGUGUGUUCACAGUGUGUGGGAGGGAAUGCACUGUGGAGUUUCAGCCAAGUGCUGAUAUGAGCUGGCAGGGUAGGGCCUGCAACAAAGUAAACCAGGCUGCAACACACCUCUCUCCUCAUGCAAAUGUGCACAAAAACAACAUGUGCAUUCUGGGAGGAACAUUGGUCCAAGUAUGAAUGACACUUGGACAUCUUAUUCAAAUGAUGUGUGCACCGAGCAUGUCAAAGGGGUGAAUAAGUAUCUUAGCACAUUACCUACCACCCUUGCAAACAGUACUCGUCAUGAGAAACUGCUCUCUUUUAUGACUGAGAACAGGAUUCACCAACUUGGUCUACCAAGGAUUGGUAUUUUUGCAGACAGAGUUCGACCAGAUCCACUGCAUUGUGAAAUUAAUGCCUGGCAGCAUCUCUUAGAUUUAGUUUACACUGCGUCUGUGGACUGGAAAGUUUGGAAAUUGCGCAAACGAGAUAAAAAUGUUCCGGAUUUUUGCGCGUCUAGUUUUCAAAUCUGCGCGUCUGGUGUCUGAAUUAGCACGUGCAGUUUUAAAUAUAAUUUAUAGUUUUCAGUUAUCGCCAAACGUGACAAAGUAAAAUUGUUUAUUACAGCUGUUCAUGUUCUAUGAUAGUUUAUUUGCUUACGAAAUUUAAAUUUUUUAAGAAUGAUCACAUUCACAUGCACCACCAUACGGAACGCUCACCAACAUUCGUUGCUUGCCAGAGCCUUUUUUAAGAAUUUGUCUGUGGGAAGAUAGCAAUCUAGAAAGAAGGACCACACUAUUGUAUGUAAUAGUUAGGGGGGUCUGGGGGAUUUUCCCCCAGAAAAUGUUUGUGUUUUUCCACCCCUAGGACUGCAUUUCGUGCAUUUUGUGAACACAUUUGCACAGCGUUACAUUAUACUGUAGAUAUAUUCUUAUAGAAUCUUCAGUUAAGUACUUCCUUGGAUAUUUAUGUGAAUACCACAACUCCGUCACUAACUUGUUUCGCCGAUUAGUCUAACCUUCCAACAACUCAAAUCUAUAGGGUCUGAGAUAUGCUAUCCAAUGAGGCGCGGGUUUAAAAUCUAAUGUAUUCAGGACACAAUGUUUAGCAUUUUUAAAUACAUUGAUCGAACCAUCUGACAUUUGCCACUUACAUUUGGCAUAGCCUCGUGCCCAGCCGCAGCCCAGGCUCUUUAUACUUUAGUUUGCAACCCUAGCGUUCAAAUGAUGUAAUUUCACCAUCGUUAAAAUUUUUGUCCGACUGUAAACACGCUUGUAUGAUGGAUCCGAUCGAUCGAUCGGACCAUCUGACAUUUGCCACUUCAAUUGUGGCAUAGCCUCCUGCCCAGGCUCUUUACUUUCGGCAACCUAGAUUUGAAAAUAACGUCAUUUCACCAUCGGUAAAAUCUUUGUCCGACCGUAAACAGCUUGUCCGAUGGAUCCGAUCGAUCGUGGCAUAGCCUCAUGCUCAGGCUCUUUCCUUGCAACCCUGGCGUUCAAAUGACAUCAUUUCACCAUUGGUAAAAUUUUUGUCCAACCGUAAACGUGCUUAUCCGAUGGAUCCGAUCGAUCGUUCGGACCAUUUGACAUUUGCCACUUACAUUGUGGCAUAGCCUCCUGCCCAGGCUCUUUACUUUGCAACCCUGGCAUUCAAAUGACGUCAUUUCACCAACGGUAAAAGUUUUGUACAUGCACACAAAAAAACAUUUCGAAAAUAGAACGGUCCAACCUAUAUGUCAUGCCUGACUGUUGUAAUAGUCCUUAUAAAAAUAAACUAGAAAUACAUGCAUGCAGUAACCCCUCGCCAAUAUUGCCAUACAUUAAACAUGAAGUAUUCAAAAAUGACCAGCACUGAACGCAGGCUCGCGCUCAAGUGUUGCCAUGACAACACGAUAUUCUUAAAUUUUUAUUUUCAUAUGCUUUCGUUUCCCCGGGUGUAAAUAGCCGGGGGGAAUUAGCACCCUCGCACGGUGCUUCGCGCCGCCGGCUCGGGGAUUAAUAUCACGUUAUGCUAUAAUAUAUUUGUCUACGUAUAUUUGUCCCGCAUCAGACAAACUAUUCUCCGACGGUAGACAUGUUUGUCCAUCGCAUCAAUCGGACUCCGAUCGCGGAUAAAUAUUCGGGCUGUAUGAUAUAUCUGUAUCAUAGAUGGAUGAUUUCGGCCCUCUCAAAUUCAGUUAUUUACCGAAGUUGGCAAUUUGGCACACUGAGACGCUGACUGCUGUCAUGAUUAUAUUUAUAAUUUAUAAAUGAUUCCUUUAUAAAUUAUUCCUUAUUCUGUUAUUCAGUUGUAGUGCAUUUCAACAUUUCGAAAUUCGAAUCAUUCCAAUAUUCCAUCCUGAACAACACGCGUCAGUGUGUUAUAUAUGUGUAAUGUGUUAUUGUAUAUUUGUAGACAAUUCAGUUUCUGAUAAUACAGAAUACAAAUUUGACAUUUCCAUAAAAAGUGCGACACAAAAACAUGAAACAAUUUACAACACUACAUUUACCUCACAGAAAUUAUUCAAUAGUCUCUUGAUGAAUGAUCGCCGUGGAUUACAGUAUGGACAGUUACAGUAUGGACAGUGGGGUAUGCCAUAUCUUUUCAUGCCUGCAAAUUGUAUGAAGAAUACAAUAUUGGUUAUGGCAUUUUAUUACUUCAGGCAAAGGAACUGA